AUGCCUGCAAUCGAAAGAUUCACAGACGAGAAAGCUGCCAGCGUGUACAGCAGCAAUAAAGAAGGGGACCUGAGUAGCGAUGAUGACAUCCGAUCCGAGCAUCAAGCACCGUUUGUUAAAUCUGAAGCAGAAAAAAAGCUGGUUCGCAAGAUCAACAUGGCAUUGAUGCCAUUUGUCGGUGCAAUUGUCUUUAUCCAGUUUGUUGAUAAGUCAACCUUAGGUAUCUCUGCUGUAUUGGGUAUCAUCCAAGACACUGGCUUAACUGGUAGUCAGUACAGCUGGCUUGGCUCCUUCUUCUACCUCGGAUUCAUUUGUUUUCAGCUGCCAAACAAUUACUUUAUUCAAAGAAUCCCAAUUGGCAGAUAUCUCGGUUCUCUGCUUAUACUAUGGGGCAUCACGAUGGGGUGCACUGCUCUCUGUAACAACUUUGCUCAAUUAGCAUCCUUACGUGUUCUACUAGGUCUAUUUGAAGCGGGCACAUAUCCAUGCUUACUGAUCAUUAUCAACACGGUCUAUCGUCGAUGCGAACAAUCCGCAGCAUACGGCUUUCUCUGGUUCAGUAACGGAGCAGGCACCAUGGUGGGUGCUGCUUGCGCUUAUGGUAUCUCGUGGAUCAACAACGCAAAUGGCAUUCACUCUUGGCGAUGGCCUUACAUUAUUUGGGGCUCCUUGACAGUUUUGUUUGGCAUCAUGACAUUCUUCUUCCUCCCUGAUAACCCUCAUUCAUUUAUGUUUCGUCUCACAGAAGAAGAAAAGGCUAUCGUCGAAGAGAGAACGCAAGACAAUGCCGUUGUUCGUGUCUACGAAAUCAAGAAACAUCACAUUUGGGAAGCAAUCAAGGAACCUCGUCUUUGGCUUCUCGCUUUCUCUACCUUGUGCAACAAUCUCCAUAAUGGUGGCCUAGUCGUGUUUAGUACUAUCCUCGUCAAAGCUUUUGGUUUCACUUCUCAAGAAUCUAUUCUGCUGCAGAUCCCAAGUGGUUGUUCUGCUGCAUGCUUUGCUGCCCUUGCUGUCUUUAUCGCUCGUAAAACUGGUCAAUUGUACCUUGGUGCCGCUGUUUCCUCUACCAUAUCAUUAGUUGGUGUCAUUCUCUUGGCGGUGCUUCCAAACAGUGGCAUCAAGCUUCUCGGUUACUUUACUGCAUGGGCUAUGAACGGUACCUCUGUUAUCCUUCUUACUAUUGCUGGCUCAAAUGUUACUGGAUACACUAAAAAGAUUUUCUAUAAUGCUGUCAACAUGAUCUUUUACACAAUUGGUAAUUUCAUCGGUCCUUUGGUCAUGCUCGAAAAGGAAGCCCCCACAUACAAGACAGGCAUGAUCAUUUACUGUAUUGGUAAUGCAGCCAUUAUUGUGAUGCUCUUCAUUGUCCGUCAGAUCAUGGCCAGAGAGAACAAGAAGAGAUUGGUAAACCCUCCCGCUGAGAAAUUGGACAUCAAGGACGACUUGACUGACAAGGAAAACAGACAUUUCAUCUACAAAUUGUAA